CUCCCUCUUCCCCAUAUAGCUACCUUCCAAAAGUUCUCUCUUUUAUAUUUUUUUUUUUAAUGAUCUCCCAAGCUUUUAUUUCUGCUUCACUUUCUGCAUGGGUUUUGUUCUUCAGCUGAGUUUGCCAAGUUCUGUUUUGUCUUGAACUUCUUCCACUGUUAUCCACAAAUGCUUAUAACAAAGAGUGGCCACAGAUUCUUCAAGUUCCGUGCACUAGUUCUCUCUCACAAUUCCCUUUUCUACAGCAACAAUCACUAACUCUUGUGCUUUGUGAAUGCCCAAAACUGACCCUGCCCCAAAGCCACAUGUGUCAUAUAUGCCUGCAUAAUUCUUGGCAUAUAAAGGGCAGUGAUAGGAUCCUAUCACUUUCAUUGUAAACUUAUCUUAAGUUUAUUCCCUUCUUCUCAUCUGUCUUGUCUUGUCAAAUCUUGCAGUCUCCACUCUCUCUCUCUCUCUCUACUUUUUCUUUUCAAAAGGAACAAGGAAAAAAAAAUAAAAAUCAAAUGGUUGCUAAGGACUAUGAUCACUUGACAUGCGGGGUUGUUGUAAAGAUGGGUAGGAUAAUGCAGAGUAUUGAUUACUCAAGGUUUUUCUGGCUAUUUUUUUGGGGUCUUCUCCCACGUACACCACGAGGGAAAGCAUCGGAUUUAGGAUUCUACAAUCUUGGAUAAUAGCAUAAACUGUUUCUCUUAUUUUAUUUUAUUUUUUGUUCCUUUUCUACACUUUCUGCGCAAAAGUUGCAGUGCAAAUUAUAGUGUUUGAGGUUUAGGUGAUUGGUAGUUGGAACAUAUAGUUAAGAAUCCAACAUGUAUUCCAAUAAAAAGAGCAAGGAGGAUGGCAUAGCUGAGCAUCGUUACAUGGAAACCGACCCAACUGGUCGAUAUGGUCGGGUUGGAGAUAUUCUUGGAAAAGGGGCAAUGAAGACAGUGUACAAAGCAAUUGAUGAGAUCCUUGGAAUAGAGGUAGCAUGGAACCAGGUCAAACUCAAUGAAGCACUUAGAACACCAGACGACUUGGAGCGGCUUUAUUUAGAGGUUCAUCUCCUCAGUACCCUCAAGCACCAAUCCAUCAUACGAUUCUAUACCUCUUGGAUUGAUGUUGACAACAAGACCUUCAACUUCAUUACAGAAUUGUUCACUUCAGGGACACUCAGAGAAUACAGGAAGAAAUAUACGCACAUUGGCAUACAAGCAAUAAAGAGUUGGGCUCGCCAAAUCUUACAGGGUCUUGUUUAUCUACAUGAGCAUGAUCCUCCAGUAAUUCAUAGGGACCUCAAAUGUGAUAACAUAUUUAUCAAUGGCCAUCUUGGACAAGUGAAAAUUGGUGAUCUUGGUCUAGCAGCAAUUCUCCGCGGUUCCCAGCCAGCCCAUAGUGUUAUAGGCACCCCAGAGUUCAUGGCACCAGAAUUGUAUGAGGAAGAAUACAAUGAACUUGUUGAUGUGUACUCAUUUGGCAUGUGUGUUUUGGAAAUGCUUACAUCUGACUAUCCAUAUAGUGAAUGUGCAAACCCUGCACAGAUAUACAAGAAAGUGACAUCGGGGAAGCUACCAGCAGCACUUUUCCAAAUUGAAGACAAAGAAGCACAGAAGUUUAUUGCCAAAUGCCUAGUAGCUGCAGCAAACAGACCUUCAGCAAAAGCAUUGUUGCAAGAUCCAUUUCUUGUGUCUGAUGAUGCAUCAUCCAUGACAAAGAUUGGAAUUCAGAAGCCAUUUUUAAAUUACAGUGAGAUGGAAAAACUUCAAUUGAGUGAUGAUUUACCUAGGACUGCAAUGUCAAUAACUGGGAAGCUGAAUCCGGAAGAUGAUACGAUCUUUCUCAAAGUGCAAAUUGCUGACAAGAAUGGUCCUGGUAGGAAUAUAUAUUUUCCCUUUGACAUUCUCACUGACACCCCCAUUGAUGUUGCAAUGGAGAUGGUAAAAGAAUUGGAGAUCACAGAUUGGGAGCCUUUUGAAAUUGCAAAUAUGAUUGAAGGGGAGAUAUCUGUGCUGCUACCAAAUAGGAGAAAUAGUAACUGUUCAGACACCUGCCAUACAUUUAGUUAUCAAGAUAAUGAUGAUGAUGAAGGUCCUCAUCAUCAUUUCCACUCUAUCUCUUCUUGUUCAUCUUCUCAAGAAUCAAUAUCAGGUUUAAUCAGUAGAGCUGAUGACAUAUCAAAUGAACAUUAUUGGCUCCAGGAUGAUGUGCUUGAUGAUGGCAGUUCAAGAUGCUCUUCACAGGGGACAUAUUCCAACUUGAAUUUUUGUUCUAUGGAUGACCAUGACUAUAAUGUGGCUUCUACAAGAAAAGAUAAGUAUCCUAUCAUAAAGAGUCACAAGUGUUCAAGGUUUUCCCCUGGUGAAGACUUGGUCACUUUGAACCAGUUCAAAGUUUUAGCUGGACCACAAGCACCUUCUACUAGUAAAAGGAUGAUAGACAAUCGUAGACUAACAAGGAACAAGUCACUAAUUGAUAUGAGGAGCCAAUUACUACACCGAUCACUAGUUGAGGAGGUAAACAGAAGAAGAUUAUUCAAGACAGUUGGAGCUGUGGAAAAUAUUGGAUUUCAGACACCUUGUGAUGUUACCAGCAAAAAGUCACAGCCAGGAUGUGGUGCUUUAGAUGUGAACACAUCAAGAAGUGGCAAGGGAGAAAACUUUAGAGAUAAAAAAAAUUAAAAAUAGCUGUCUUCUUGAGCAUUGAAAUUAAAGAGGAAAAAAAAAUGCAAACCUUUUGUAUCAUGGAUUAGAACAAAUGAAAAGGUUGAUGAGUAGUGUGCAGGACAAAAAUAAAUGCUUUUUUGGAUAUGAUUCAACUCUUCUCAAGUAAGCUGGACCAGCAUGAACGACAAUGUGUGUGGUAUCAUGAAUUUCUAGAUGAAAGGAUACGAGGUGCAGAAGGGAUACCAGUAUUAAGAUCCAUGAUGCAUGUGGUUUGUUUUACUAGCUGCUUUCUCAUUUUAGAACAUAUACCGAUUUGCAUGCUUUUGAAUAUGAUAAUGUGUGCUAUUUAUUGUCAACAAUGAGAGGUCAUGUAAAUAAACUCUUCGAAGUUAACACCAUAAAGCAUAUGUGGAAAUUGUUUGUGUGCAUUGUUAUGGUGGCAUAUAUUUUUCUCCAUA